AUGGUGUGUUUCACCUUUGACGCUGAGGGUCGGGCAGUUGACUUUGAGGUCUGGGUAGAUGAUCUGCAGCUUUUCCUACAGUGCGAUAGGGCAGACGGUCUCUCCUUGUUUGACCUCACCUCUGGUGCAUCUCUUGCCCCUGCUGCUGAUGCUGACGCCACUGUUCGCUCACAGUGGGCCACGCGCGAUGCUUAUGCUCGCCUUGCUGUGCGCCGCCACUUACCGACCGCUGAGCGCGCCCAUUUUAGCCAGUACAAGAGUGCUAAGACCUUGUACGACGCUGUAAUUGCACGCUACUCUUCCCCUGCCACUGCUGCUCUUAGCCGCCUCAUCCUGCCAUACCUCUUCCCUGACCUCGCCGCUUUUCCCAUAGUCGCUGACCUCGUUACGCACCUUCGCAUUAGUGACGUUCGCUACCGUGCUGCGCUUCCUGCUGAGGACCACUUCCUCUCUGUUUGCCCCACCACACUCACCGUUGACCUCCUCGAGGAGCGCCUCCUAGCAGCAGAGAAGGGUAUAGUCGCUGUAGGAGCCUCUCGUGGUGACCCUCGCACCCCCGUCUUUGAGGGGUGCUCCCCAUCCCCCCUCUUGCCCUCUGUUGCCUCUGCUGCUGCCGCCGACCUUGUUGGUCUUGAGUCAGUCGGCACGGCAUCUGCCCCUAGCGGGAGACGCCACCCAGGCAAGGGCAAGGGGGGCAAGGGCGCUGGAGGAACUGGCGGGGGCGGUGGAGGCGGCGGUGGAGGCGGCGGAGGGAGUGGGGGUGGCGGUGGGAGUGGUGGCGGGGGUGGGGGCGCUAGUGGCGGCAGUAGAGGUGGAGGAGGCGGCGGUGGUGGUGGCGCGGGUGGAGGUGGCGGAGGUGGAGGCGGUGGUGUGGGUGGCGGCGGCGGAGGUGGAGCUGGUCGGGGCGGCUCGGCACAGAGAAUCGGUUCCGGUGGUGGUCAGCGCCAGCAGCAGCAGCAGCAGCAGCAGCAGCACACUAGUGAGACCCCUCCCCCCCAGCAGCUUCGUGAGUGGUACGCUGCUCGUCAGCGGGGUGGGGUUGCUGGCCCCUGUACCUACGUUCUCCGCAUCGGCGAAAGCGCGGGUGAGCAGUGUAGGGGUCCGCACUCCACCCAGCGCUGCUUCGGCCGCCUGACGGACGCGUGGCGUCAUCAGUUCCCCGACGCUACUGAGAUCCCUCGCUGGGGCGAGCUGUUUAGGGCGGGUGUUGCGAUCUUUGAUCUUGAUUAUGAUGCAAUUCUUGCUGCCAUGUAUGCUGUGACUAGUAGUGAUGAGGGUGACUGUUGCCGGUGUUUUCCGCCUGACCCGGGCAUUGAGGCUACUGCUCUAGGUGUUGGUGAGGCUGCUGCUCUAGGUGCUAGUGAGUCUGCUGCCUCAGGUACUGGUCAGUCUGCGCUCUCAGGUACCGCGUCGGCUCCGGCCACCCACACCUUCACCCUUGACUCGGGUGCUUCCCGCUCCUUCUUUCAAGACCGCACCACGCUCACGCCGCUUAGCCGGCCAGAGGCAGUCUCCCUGGCAGACCCCUUUGGGGUCCGGCUCCUCCCUUAG